GCGACGCGCGUGGUGAAGCUGGUCAAGAUCCUGCGUCUCUUGAAAAUCGUCAAAAUGCUGCGCCUGUUCAAAAUUCCCACGCUGCUGCGCCACCUGGAGUCCGUCUUCGGCCGCGGCUUCCUGAGGCUGACGUCACUGAUGUCCGCCGCCAUCCUGGUGACGCACUUGGUCGCGUGCUCAUUUCACUACGCUGCCUACCUGGCGGGGGAUGACACACCAACGUGGCUGACGCUGGCCGGCCUGCAGGAUGCUUCGAACUACGACCGCUACAUCUCGGCGCUGUAUUGGUCGAUGUCCACACUGACUACUGUGGGAUAUGGGGACGUGACGCCCGCGAACUCGAAUGAGAAAAUCAUGUCCAUGGUGGGCAUGGUGGUGGGCGUAACGGUGUUCGCGUAUUUCAUGGGCUCCACGUCAUCAAUGAUGUCCAGCAUUAACUCCAGCAACACAAGGCUUAAGAAGAAGCUUCUG